AUGUUUAAGAGUAGAGUCUACUAGUAAAGACGCUCUAAGUUAGUUGCUGAUAAUCUCGAAUUUGAGUCUGAUUCUAUUGCCUCUUAAAGAUAAAUGCCUUAAGAUGGAAAGAGAGCUUACAAUGGCUAUUAAAAAAUCAAUAACUCACAGCAGCAGCUGAAUUAAGAUCAAUAAGUCUAGAAUCCAGAAUCUUUAUCUAGAUUAGUCAAUGAAAGUAAAUACAUGUCCAAUCAAACUGAUGGUAUCUUGGGUGUCAUUUUCAUUGUUGCUGCAGGAAUCAUAUUUAGUUUAUCAUUGUAUUCAUUUUGGAUUUCAAAGUUCUUCAUGCCCUACACAGGCAAUAAAGUUUUGGAUUGGAUUAAAGACGAUGAAUACUACUGCUUCCUGAUUCCAGCAACCCUUGUUAAUGCUUUGAUUAUGACUUAUUUCAAUUGGCUAGCAAUGAAGUACUUUAGACAAGGAUGA